UGGAAGGAAAAAAGGGACAAUUUUAUUAACAUCACAAUUAAUUCACAAAAAGAACUAAAUUGAUAAUUUAUUCAAGCACAAAUUAAUUCACACAAUUACAAUAUAUAAAACCAAAUAAAAUAAAUCUUACGCAUAAAAAGAACUUAUGUUUUUGCGAACUUGUCUUUCUGAGCCAACAACUACCUAAUAAUAGGUUUAUGUACACUUUAAAAAAUUGUUGAAGAAUUUAUACUGCUUGUUUUUUCUUUAAAUGUAGUUUCUUCCUUUUCAACUUUCUACCCGUACUUGGUCUAUUUUGUACACCUUUCUCUACUGGUUUCUUUCCAAUAUCCACGUUUACCAACUUAACAAAACAUGGUUUAACUUUACACAUUAACUGCUUGUACGGUAAACAAUUUUUUUUAUGUCGGAGGAGAGAUGCGUCCGACGAGUAAAUAAUAUUGCAUCCUAUGCAUUUUGGCCUUAACUCCCAUAAAAGGUGGGUAAAUUGGUGUUUAGAUUUUGCACCUCAGACGAGGAUAUGGGAUCGCAACAAUCAACAACUUCUGACUUGACUCCUCUAACCCCUGAAAUAGUAAAGGGAAUAUAUUCCCCCCUCAGCGACGCUGAGAGAUUGAUAGCGGAGAACAAGAAACGGGAAGCUGGACCGGACGGACUAAUGGUCAGGGGGACAAACUCAAGAGUAGCGUUCUCGUUGCCAAAUACAAACCGAUCGUAUGGAUUAUUUGUUUUUAUAGCCCCAAAUUCAAAACAACAGUUUAUUUGUUCUGGGAAUGCGAGUAAGUUAUACAUUUAAGUAAUUGAUGAGUCAUGAUGUACGAUCUGAAUUCAUGAUAUUGUUCCAGAUUGUGUGAAAACCAAGUCUACUAUGAUGCAAGAGGCUCCAAAGUGUUACUCACAUAAAGGUCCACAGAUUGGUUUUGUUUUGGCUCAGUUUACGGAUGGGGCUAAUAAAAAGAACGAUGUCAUCCUCCACGUCAUUGCCUCUUUUACGUUUAUUUACGGGGAUGCUGAUGGGAAACAAAAUAACGCAACUCGUAUAGUCGAAUAUAAUCAUUUACACCAAAACAAUUCCCCGUGGAAACUAUACUGUAACGAAUGUGAAGCAGCCAAGAAGCCAACUCCCGAAUUGGUGGAACUCGAGGGACGCCGUCGGUACUUUGACGAUGAGGAUGAACUCAUGAAGGUUUAUGCAGCACGACAGACCACGACACUGUUCCAAAUGCUCCUCUAUCCUGACACUACUAUCAGAAUAAUAUGCCUAAACGUGAUGAUUAACUUCCCGAAUGGUGCUUACAAGGAGUUGGCGGAGGAAAUGGAUCAAUAUGGCUUGGAAUUAAGGAUUCAUGACAAGUUGUCAUCAUCAGCAGCAACAGCAAUCAAUUUGAAUGAGGAUGAACAGAUUCCAUUUCUUCUACGAGCAGAAAUGGGUGAAGGUCUUGGGACGUUGUUAUCAAGAGGAAAAGAGUUGAAAGAAAAAGUUGCUGCGCUAUACUUUGUCUCAAACCCCUACAUACUUUAUGCCGGCCAAGCCAUAUCUCGAACAGUUCAUGGUAUCUCCAACCUAAACGACCCCGUCAUUAACUACAAAAAUAGCAAGCCCUCCUCCCACCCUGAUUACAAGAUGGUACCCAUUGGACUUGUCCGACAAGAGGAGCGGUACAAGUGGGAGUUCCACUUACAUAUGUGUGUGCUAAUGGCUUCGCUGUUACGACUACCAAACUGUAUCAAUCCAAACGACUACACUGCAUUGACUCAUCCUCUCUGUAUAAACCGACAAAGUAACUCAACUUAUGUAAAUGAAAAGUCCUGGGGUAUUAUACAUGGAUUCUUGAUGAAAAAAUUUUUAGUCGAUGUGUACUUAGGACCCAAGACGUCCAACCAGUAGUAAUGGAAUAAUACUCUAGCCAACUAAUAAUCUCAUUGUCAUCAAUUAAUCAACUAUUGUAAUAAAGAAAAGAAACACGUAUUGU